UCCGGAACUGUUCGUCCCAUUUCCUUCAUCUCUUCCGGCGCUGGUAGGGUCGGUCAGCGUGUUGCGCGGUCUAGCAUCUACAAAGAAUCAGACACCACCGCAGAAGUCCCAUCCUGAAGCCCCGUUCAGACUUCCUGUUGCAAGCAUUCAAUCUCUCAUCAUGCGAUCUACCUCUUUCAUUCAUCUACUCACCUCCUCGGCAUACAUCACCUACGCGGUAGCCGACAGCUGUUGCUGGAGUGACUACUGGGCCGAAAACAACUGGCUGUGGCUCAACUGGGACGAGCCCGCGGGGGCCGUGAAGUGCGGUCUCAGUGGCCCGUUAUAUCCCGGCACGAAGUGUAGCGUCGAGAACUCGAAGGACUCCAACGGCAACAUCCAAGCCCUUACGAACGUCACCUUUGGUAACGACACGCAGCCGUUCAAGUUCCGCAUCGGCAUCGACCCCAGCAGUUGCAAAACGUUACCCGACGACAAAGUCGUUACUGGAUGGGAGGGCUGGGGAGCGUACCUGUUCAAAAACCACGAUUUCAAUCAGGAGCCCCUAAACAUGUGUGUUCAAGACAACUCGGCCUGAGUGGAAUGUCCGGGAUGCUUUUGGUGUAUGAUUCGCAGUUUGCUGAGAUGGUAACCAUGGUCAACUAUCUGUGAAAAGGGGGUUCAAAUUACAAAGGGGUUAUCAUUUUCUGAGGGAUGGAUCAUCACUUCAUGUAAACUAAGGAGUCAACUUUUCCAUAAUCAGGUUGUCGUGGUAAUUCACAGCGGUUUUAUU